UGUUUUUUUGUUACAUCCCUACUGUUCUCUGCUUUAACAAACCAAAAGAUACAUAAAUUUAGGGAAUAUCAGAUAAAAUGGAAACAAAAAAGGGCAAUUCAGAUUCAGAUACGAAGAUAUUGCUAGUAACAGCCAAUGUGGGAAGUUUAUUUGAAGAUCCACAAAGAUUACUCACAAUAUGGCUGGAAGAGUUCAUCGGGAAUGUAACAAAAAUCAAUCCCAGAUUUUUAGCUCUACAUCUGCAAGAAGUGGGUGGUAAGACUUACGAAAAUUCGAUGGGAAAUGUACAAGAAUUUAUCCGACGUUUGUGCGAGGCAAUGGCAAAGACUGAAUUUAUAUUCGUCCGAAUAUAUAUGGAUGAGGACUUCAAGUCAGCGGAGCAUUUUACAGCACUUGGCAAUAUUUACUUCGGCCACAAGGAUAUAUGUACUUUAAGAAUAUGGAAUUUUUUAACACAUUGCUGGGAUGAUAACCAAUUAGACAAUGAGAGGCAAAUAUUUUGUGGUAAUAUUGAAACAGUUCCUACCAAGGAGAAAGCCAAGUUUCCUCAGCACUUUUUUCCAGAGUGUAAAUGGUCACGAAAAGGAUUUAUGCGAACACGAUGGGAAAUUAAUGGCACAGCCAUUGAUCUAGUCAAUAUACACCUUUUUCACGAUGCCUCCAAUUUGGCUGCAUGUGAGGAUUUUCCAUCUGUAUACUGUAAAACAAGGAGAAGAGCCCUGAUACAUACUAUUGAAAGAUUUCACUUGGAUGACAAAAAUGGUUCCGUCCCUUUUUUCUUGUUUGGAGAUUUUAAUUUCAGAUGUGACACAGCGGGCGUUGUGAAAGAAUUAACUACAAAUUUAACUGCGCAUCGUCUUCAAAGUGUAAAGAAUGAAAGUACUAAGAUUAAUUAUCGCAACACAGAUGGCAACAACAUACUUACUGUAGGCAAAAAAGAAUUCAGUCACGCUGAUCAUCAACUCAAAUUUAAAGAGUUAUGGUUGAAGGAGUUUGACAAGGAACUGGCACCACUUUCGGAGUUUUUGGUUGAAUAUCCAAUAAAUUUCAUUCCAUCAUAUCCCUUUGAAGAAGAUCCCGAAAUGCCUACCGAUUAUAUGUCAACUAGGUGUCCAUCAUGGUGCGAUCGUAUCUUAAUGUCUCCACAAGUCAAAGACAUCAUUGACACUGAUGAAUGGACAUAUGACAUGAUUGGAGAGUCGGUAUGCAUGGGCGAUCAUAAGCCUAUUUACUUAACUGUUCGUCUAAAGCCAAACAAAGGUACUUAUAGAUCAUGUGAUUGCAGUUGUACACACACAAAUGCUAAUAACAACAACAACUUAACAUCACCCGUUAAAUACACGACUUGUCCCUAUAUAAGCAAGUUAUAUAGUCAAGUUAUAACAGAAGGUAAAAUUCUAAGUCAUGAAAGAAAAUCAAAAGACUGCCCCUUAGAAUUUGCUGAAGGCCAUUUAGUCGACUUCGCAAACAGCGCCAGCGGAUACGACACUACUAAUAUAGAGACUGCCUUAAGAGCUGGGGAUGACGAAACUAGGGAAAAAGCCACGUCAAAACAUCCCAGCAUUAGCAUCAAUUUAAUUGAUUCUGACAACAUAUAUGUUUGUAUGUGUACACAAGCGUAUAACCAUGACUCUUGCAACACAGAGCUUGAGGCUCCGCAUGAGAGUGCCAUUUGCCCAAUGUGCCGUAAUCUGAUGAAAAAGCAGCCCGCUGAACACCGGUAUAGGUUGUUUUCCAAUAGUGUAGUAUUAUCAGACAAUAUAAUAGUAAAUCAAAUGGACAUGCAGCAUCUUAAUACCUACGUCGAGAACUCGCAUAUGGACCCGUACACACCAGAAAGCAAUGAGUCUCACUCGCCAUAUCCCGAGCUGAGAAGCACAACCACAAGUGCUUCCAGUAAUAGUUGCAAAAACGAACCUAGCAUGGAUGUCCUCAGUGAAGAGCUUGAUAAGCAAUACGCAAAUGUAAAUGCCAAUGCAAAUGAUGACUUAUUUCCAUUACAAUCAGUCCAUCCACUUGCAAAUCAGCAGUCCAGAAACUCUGUUACACCUGUACAAUUAAAGUCACGUUUAGAAGACCUACAACGACUACACACCUCUGAAAGGAGUGAGGCUCCCGUUGGGAAGGGUGAUGUUAAUAAUGUUGACACUAUCUGCACCCCAAAGUCUCUUUCGAAUAGUGCAAAUCGCAAUCCUAGCAUUUUUUCUAUGUGCUGUACAAUUCACUAAUAUAAGUUUCUAUAUCUAUUUUAUUGUUAUCGGUAUUUUUAAGUUGUUUUUAUUUGAUUAAUGCUUUAUUUAAUAUCUUUACAACUGUUUUGUUUAUCUCUCUCUUUGUUACUAUAACUGUGUAUAUAAGCAAUAUUAUCAAAUUGAUUCUUCGAUAUGAU